UUCGUCGCGCUGCAUCAGUGUCUGAGCGACGAGCUACCAGGUCAGGUUCCAAACAUGGUCAGAGUUAAUAACACUCGCGUAAAAUGCCUGAUUCCUUUCACGAACCAUGGACCCGAGGCAACUCGGUUGGUAACCACGAGUGGAAACCGCGUAGAGCACCUCCGUUCGCCGACUGCAUCCAUCCGGGUGCACGAACGGAGCACGGAGCAGUCGUUUCUCGGGGAUGUGACUGCCAUCGUCGCUGCAAGAGCGAAGGUGAUGGCGGAACGAUUGCCUCGAGGCGGACGAAGUCCGAGAAUCGAAGCUCUGCAUUUGUGCUGCUGAGUGCAAGGCCGCCUGCUAGCACCGCGUUCGCUGUUUGUUCGGGGAUUCGCACGAUGUGAGGUGAAAGCUAAAAUGUGUGCAUCACGAGUGAGAUCUUCUUUGUGGCCGAGUAUUAUUAGAGGGAGACUGAAUUCAGCGCGUGGCUGCGGUUCGGAUUGGGGGCUUUUGCGUCCUCUUGCUGGUGCGAGAUUCUUCUCGGACGGAGGAACAGACAUCAGAGCAAUGGCUGCCGAGACAGAUGAUUCGGUGUUGGAGGUGGAAGAGUAUUUGAAUUCUUUUAAAAACUUUGAAAAAGAUGGCGUUCCCAAGGGCGCCGGCACAGGAUCUGAUGAAGGGUUCGAUCUCGGGCGAAUGUCUCGCCUGCUUUCUACGAUAGGGGAUCCCAUCUCGAAAUACCAAGUGGUUCACGUUGCUGGUACCAAGGGCAAGGGUUCUACGGUUGCCUUCAUAAGUGACAUUCUUCGAGCGGCCGGUUUUCGAGUCGGAUCUUAUACAAGUCCACACAUUCGAAGUCUACGGGAGAGGAUAGUUUCUGGGGAAACAGGCCAACCAAUAAGUACUGAGGCAUUCAAUCAGUUGUAUAGAGACCUGCACAAGAGAGUUAACGAGGCUGUAAUUUCUGAAUCUGGGGCUCUUACGCACUUCGAGAUCUUAACGGCUCUGGCUUUUGCACAAUUUGCAAGAGAGAAAGUGGACAUUGCCGUCAUUGAGACUGGUCUCGGAGGAGCUCGUGAUGCAACUAAUGUCAUACCAGCCACGAGUCUUCUAGCUUCAGUAAUCGUGGGAGUUGGAAGAGAGCAUUUAGAGGCCCUUGGUGGUUCUCUGGAGAGCAUUGCGCAUGCCAAGGCUGGCAUCAUCAAAGAAGGUCGCCCGGUCAUUCUAGGCAGGCAAUCGGAGAAUGUGGCUGAAAGAAUCUUGCGAGAAGUCGCUGCUUCAAAAAAUGCAACUGUUGUUCCUCGACCUGACGAAGUGAUCGUCUGCGAGCUGAAGAACAUAAUUGCCGACUACAGGAAUCCUCAUCAAUUUUGCGACAUAGUGAUCAAAUCUAAGGAUCCCACUGUCAGUGGUGCUAAGAGCUCGGAGGUUUGGGGAAUGAGGGAUGUCAAGCUCGGAGCUUUGGGGGUCCAUCAAAUGGACAACGCAGCGUCUGCUAUCCAAACAGCACUGUGUUUGCGCAAUGGAGGUUUGAAUAUAUCCGAUACAUCCAUUCGUCUUGGUUUGGAACGCACAACAAUUCCUGGCAGGUUCCAAUUCGCCACUCCAGCAGAAGCAAUGGCUCUUCGUUCGAAAGGUGCUACUGUUAUAUUAGAUGGAGCACACACGGAGGGUUCUGCAGCGGCAUUAGCUGAUACUCUCACGAGGACCUUUCCUGAGAGUUGUUUGGCCCUCGUGGUUGCCAUGGCGUCGGAUAAAGAACACCUACCAUUCACAAGAACACUUCUUGAAGGAGCGAGGCCUAAGAUUGUGGUAACUACCAGUGUUGACAUAGCUGGUGGUGCCAAGCGAGCCAUGUCAGCCAGCGCCAUGGCUGACAUUUUUGAGCAAGCGGCAGAAGACCUGGGGAUUGAAACUGCUUAUGGACUCCAAGACGUUGCUGAAAUCAAAGCAGAGGGAGAAGAGACGUUAUUUGUAGAUGAAGCGGAAGAUCUCGAAGCUGCAGUUGCGAGAGCUGUCUAUAUGGUUCAUCUCGUGAGAAAUGGCACCAAAGGAGUUAUAUGUAUUACUGGUUCUCUUCACGCAGUGUCAGAAUCUCUAAAGCUUAUGUCAAGCAAAUAAACUUCAUGGUGUACAGUCUGCUCUCUUCAUUGGGAAGCACUUUCAAAGAGCAAUAUAUUAAAGGGGACCCAAUGUCCUGAGGUGGAUUUCAUUUGUGUCCCAUCUUUACAUAAAAGUUGACUUACCAUGACUGCUUGACAUGGUUCUUUUGGUUGAAUUCUCCUUCAAGCUUUUGCAUUGAAGCACACACCAACCUACGCUACACUUCAAGAGUCAUUACAUUGCUGACAGAAUAUCAGGCCUGCCAAAAGUCGACGUAAUCACGGGCCAAGGGAUAUAGAAGCUUUCGGCGAGCUCAGUUGAUGACGAGAGCAA